AUGAGUGCCACCGGACAGAGUGCACCCAUUGUGAACGAGCUCCUCGCCUUUCUGCAACAGAAGCUGCUGCUGGAAGGAGUGAUGGAUACGAUUUCUGCUGUCCAGAUCUGUUCGUCGAGUUUUUCCGUCGAAGAUAUCUGUGCAGCAAAGAAGGUGCUGCACGAGGCCCUCGGGAUCUCCGGCACGUAUGUACCUCACCGGAGAGGAGAUGAAACCGGGAAGAAGACCCUAGAGGACAUCAUCAGAGUUCUAAGGGAGAAUGAAGACCGGAUUCCGGAGUUUGCGACGACGGGUGCCUCCAGCCUGCCGUCCUAUAUUCCGGAUCAUGUCGACGUUAGCUGCUUGUUGAAGGAAAUCGUGGCCCUAAAAACAAGUCUAGCGGGUGUCAUUUCGAAGUUUGAUGCGGCCCAGGUCACUAUAACCGAGUUACGCAACGAAGUCAUCAGUUUGCGAAACAUUGCCCUUACUCGGUCGGCGGCGUCGAAUUUCAAGUGCGAUGACCGGCAAGCCACGAGCGCUGAGUCGGUCAGUUUGCGAGUUGCUGACACUGUAAAAUGUGUCGCCUCAGCUGUGUCGCCGCGCGCGAGCCUCCCGCGCGCGCGCCCUCCCCCCGCCUCCUCCAAAUCAUCAUCUCGUCAUCGUGUUUACGCGGAUGUCGUCGCCGGUCCGAAAGUCGCAUCGAACCGGGUUAGUGUACCUGUAAAGGGUACUGAAGAGCGAGCGGCUCCCAAGGAGAAGCUCCCUGUUGCCAGUGUGGAUGAGGAGGAUUUCACACUGGUAUCAAGAAAGAAGAAGGCGCGCACGGCGCCUCGUAAGACUCAGUGUGGUACCGCCGAACCGGCUAAUUCUGGCUUGCGGUUGUAG